CUUCCUCUUCUUUUCUUUUUUCGAAUUUGCAAUUUCUUUUUUACACUUUCAGUGAAUUAAACUCAAAACUCCAAUCUUGGUCACCUCUGGGACAUUUCUACCUAAAAUGUCUCAAGUCGCUAAGAAGGCCGGUUACCAGGAGACCACCGAGGCUCAGAUCCACCGCAUCCGCAUCACCCUCACCUCCCGCAACGUGAAGAACCUCGAGAAGGUCUGCUCCGACCUUGUUCUUCGUGCCAAGGACAAGCAGCUUAAGGUUAAGGGCCCCGUCCGCAUGCCCACCAAGCGCCUUAACAUCACCACCCGUAAGACCCCUAACGGUGAGGGUUCCAAGACCUGGGACCGCUUUGAGAUGAAGAUCCACAAGCGUCUUGUUGACCUGUACUCGCCCUCGGAGAUCGUCAAGCAGAUCACCUCCAUUGCCAUUGAGCCCGGAGUCGAGGUUGAGGUCACCAUUGCUGACAACUAAGCAAACUAGGCGCUAGUCAAGAACAGCGACAACGCGCAACGGGGAUGAAAAUGUGAGCUCUGCGAUCUUUUUUUCCAUGGCGUGCUGCCGUCCAGUCUAACUUUUAUUUCUUUUAGUUUACUAGAGAAUGAAGCCAAUAAAGCCUUUGAUGUUUUUGAGCACCACACCUUUGCCUAUGUUUACCGUUAUUAAUGUCGAUAUCGAUUUGGAUGUAGACUUCGAUCCCGGUUUUGAUUGACCUCCAGCCCUGCGCU